CCAUAUACAUUGAUGAAAUACAAUACACCAAAACAUAACCGCUUAGAUUUGCCAUGAUUGUCAUAUGUUUGGGUAUGUUUACUGCCUCUGCCACAGCUCUGCAGGUGAACCUAAAGCCCCAGAUGGUCAGCGUGGGGACACAGACAACUUUCAGGAUGCAAACUUCCACCCCCCUCACUAGUCCUGAACAAACGGAUGAAGAAGAUGACCCCUCUGUCUUGUCUCAGUGAUGCAUCAUGGGUGCCAGAAGACCAGAUGUCUGAAGAAGAUUUGUGUGAGGAGGAGCUAUCUCAAACUUGUGACCCCCACCAAAAUGAGAUCAUUUAAAACCAACAUAGACCAACUUAGAAUUUUCAUUUUUGUGUAUCUGUAGUAGUUUGAAUGACCCCCCCCCCCCCCUCUUUUUGCUUCUAGUGGCAUUGUUAAAUUCAUUGUGUGCAAAGACGAACUCAUGGCCCUGUUUGCCAUCUGUCCGGCCUGUUGUGAAAGAAAGUCUGAGAGUAGAAUCGUGCAGCAGGCAGGAACAUUCAUUAAAAUAGAGCAGGUCUGUGCAUCAUGUGGCUGCCAGCGUUUCUGGCAAAACCAGCCGAUCCUACUCAGGAAUAUGCCAGCCUGCAACCUCCUUCUAAGUGGGGCCAUUCAUUUCAGUGGAUGUUUGGCCUCCCAGACAUUGCAAAUGAUGACCCUGUUUGGCCAUCAGUGCAUCAGCGUUAGCACUUACUUUCGCCAUCAGCGCCGCUACACCAUCCCUGUCAUCAUUCAGGCCCGGCAGAACGAUCAGGCCAAGAACCUGAGUGACCUCAGGGCAAUGGAUGGAGGCAUAGUUGUUGCUGGUGACUGCAGGUCAGAUUCUCCAGGGCACUGUGCAAAGUAUGACUCGUACUCUUUGAUAGAGGACAGAAUAAACAAAGUGGUGGAUGUUCAGCUUGUUCAGAGCUCAGAUCUCCCCAACAGCUUUUGGUGUGAGCUUGAAGGGCUCAAGCGCAGCAUCGGCUUUCUGAGGAGGCAGGACCUGCAUUUGUCAACCCUCAUCACGGACAGACAUCGCCAGGUUGCCAAAUGGGUGUGAGAAGAGCUGUGCCCUGAGGGAACACAGCAUUAUUUUGAUGUCUGGCACAUUGGGAAAAGUCUGGGGAAGGCCUUGGAUACAGCCUCUAAAGACAGACAGUGUGACCAACUACAGUUGUGGAGGCCAGCCAUAGUCAACCACCUUUACUGGAUUGCAGCUUCAACCCCAGAUGGCAUCCCAGCUGUGAUGGAAGCCAAAUGGAGAAGCUUGACUAAUCACAUUCAGGACAUCCACGACCAUGACACCCCUGCCUUCUCCAGUUGUGCUCAUCCCCCUCUGGAAUGGGAUCAACAUGAUAAGGAGUGGCUGGAACCAGGCUCAAUGGGAGCAGUAAAACUGGAAAGCAUCAUCACAAAGACUUCCUUACUGAAGGAUGUUAGACAGCUGUCUCCGCAGCACCAGACUUUCUCCCUUGAAGCCUUCCACUCCCUCAUCCUGCACUUUGCGCCCAAGCACACUGGGUUUUCAUACCUUGGCAUGUAUAGCAGGUCAGUGCUGUGCAAUGGAACUACAUUACAACUUCAAUUCAAACCGAGAGACAGCACGAAGAAGCGAUGGUACAGAGCAGUAUUGCGUGCGAUAUCCACGUUUCAGAAAAGGUGCCUUUGUAGUGCAUCCCAUCAAACAGAAGGC